AUGGAAGGCAAUAACAUCGCUGCGAACGUCGCGGCGGUGGUCGCCGCGUCAGAGCACGCUCUGGUGGCGGCCUCCAAUGCUCCGACCCCCGCGACCGCUCCUCCAGGGUAUCGCCCACUCACAACGGUCGAACUCUUUGUUGUAAUGAACCGCAUGGCCAAAGCCGCCACCGCCUCUGAACGCGAGGCCGCGGAAAAGGCUUACAUAAGGUUCUUACAGUACGACCUCCCCGCCGCACUGCCAGGCGCAGCCAGUGAAGAGGCCAAGGUACCGCCGGGAGCCCCGCCAGGCGUGUCCACGCAAGAGGACACUGCACUGCCGGAGGCGGCCCCGAAGGGAGCAGAGCCACCAGGCGUGGCGUCUCAUGCACCCACUGCCCUGCUGGCUCCCCCCACGGUACAGGCCAGUCAAGAGGCUGCUGACCUGCCAGCAGCAUCUCACGAGGACGUUAUUCCAGAAGCCAACCUGGAAAAAUUAAUCCACGAUGGCGAGGCUAUGGAAGUCUCACUCCCAUCGCGUAAAAGGCCGGCGGAUGACGAUGAGUCGUCCGAAAGCACCCCUUCUUCUGCCCACAGAAUGCCGCAGCAGAAGAAGAAGCAAACCGCGCCUGAAGGCGCCACAGAAGACAUUGAAGCCGCAGAGGAGGAAGAAGAUGAGUUUGUCGUCCCCAAGCGGAAGCACACGGCUCGGGCAAGGAAGCUCGAGCAGGUGCAGCCGCUCCCGACGGCAAACUCGUUCGAGUCCGCCCCAAUCGACACCGAGGCUAUGGAGGAAGCGCCAAGGCCGCCCAAAAGGGUGGCCCCACCACCAAUCAAUGUCCUUUGGAAGGACACCUUUCGAGCCUUCCUAGAAAAAUUCUCUGAGGGUGUGUCCGCACCACCCAAAAUAAAGUCCCUUGGGCGCGAGAUGUUGCGCAUCACACCUGCAAACAUGGACGACUACCGCGCAACCAUGAGGGCUGCAACCUAUUUAAAAAGACCAGGCGCCGCGGACGCGGACGUGGAACGUCACGCCCAGUCCAGCAAGGCACCAGCUAUGCCGCAGCCGCAAAAGGCGCGGCCCCAGCCCACCAGGAGCGACAGCAAGCACCCCCAGACGCCACGAACAAGCCGGCUGCCACAAACCAGUCACCAGCAGCCCAGCCAGGCCCCACCCCACCCGCAACAAGCACCAAAGACUGCAGUCAGGGCCCACUGCGUCCCACCCCCAGCUCCCCACACCAAACAUGUCAGCUGCGGCUACCUCCGCGAGUCACGCCGUCUACCCGCCGCACCACGCCCUGCGGCGACAUCAAGCGCCUCGACGGCCGCCCCGCCCCCCCGCUCCGGCAAGGGGUGCGAGCCGCGCCGUCUUGAAACCGUCACCGACCACGCCGUGGCCGGCUUCCAAGCCGCCUUUGCGGCCGAAAGGGCCGCACUGAAGGAGGAGCUCGCAGCAGUCCAUCGCCAGCUCCAACAGCUGCGCGAUGAGCUGCGGGCUAACAAGAAGAAGCCGCCAGCUCCCGCCGCCGCCCCUGCCGUGAGUCGUCCGGUGGGGGUAGCCGUAGCCACGCAAACACCCGCCGCUGUGAGUCGUCCGGUGGGGGUCGACGUGGCCACGCAAACGGCAGCCGCUCCCCCUCCCGCAGCAAUGCAGGAGGUGGCGCCCAUGGACACGGAUGAUGUGCCGCCUCGGCUGCCACCCUCCGCGGUGGCAGCCGCCAGCAAGGGCGCUAAGGCGCCCCCUGUCUCCUCGCAAGCCGAGAAGCCAACGAAGAAGAGGAGGAUUCACCUACCUUUUCCUGACGUGACCAACGUGCAGGUUGUCCUGAAGGACAUUACCGCGGCACUGAAGAAUUGGUCCUACCCCUAUGCCGACCAACCAUAUCCCUUCACUCCGCCAGACCAGCCCAUACCUUCCCUUCCUCAUCGGCCGCUCCCCCUGCGCACCUACCGUGACGCAUUUAUGGAAGUGCUCACAAAGAAGGAAAUAGCCCUGCUCAAUUCGCACCCCAUCUUCACCCCCUCUCAAUGGGAUGCCUUAGUCGACGUUAUCGAUGUAUUCCUGAAGGAAGAGUUCCGGUCUGGUCGGCGGAAGAUGGACAGCGAAGCUUUGGAAGCCAUGGAAGACAUUACCCGUAAACAUCGCCAGGUUCAGUAA